AUGCCUCUCAAGAUCAUCGUCGUUGGCGCGGGCAUCGGCGGCCUUUGCACGGCCAUUGCGCUGCGUCAGGCCGGCCACUCUGUCCAGCUCCUCGAAAAAUCCACAUUCACCACCCCCACCACAGGCGCCGCGCUCCUCCUAACCCCCAACGGCGAACACGUCCUAUCCGCGCUGGGGUUUGACUUCCAACGUGCCCGAGCGGAUGAAAUGACCUGCUGGGAGGUCCUGGACGGUGCCACGCUGGCGCCGCUGGCGCGGACGGAUCUUAGUGAUGCGCGGAGGAGGUUUGGGGCCGGGUUGCAUACGGUGCAUCGGGCGGAUUUGCAUGGGGAGUUGAUGCGGCUGUUACUCGACGACGACGUGGGGGAGGCUGGGGCUAAGGUUGGGGUUGGAAAAGGGGUUGAGACUGAGACGGUAACAUUGCGGACAGGCGCUCGCGUAGCGGGAGCUGACGCGGCGCGGGGAGCGGUGGAACUCGAGGACGGUGAGGUCUUGGCCGGGGCGGAUCUUAUUGUGGGAGCGGACGGCUUGCACUCGGUGCUCCGCGGCGUUGUGCUCGGGGACGAAGCCGAAGCUGCCCGCGUAACGCCUUCUGGACUCAGCGCGUUUCGGUUCCUCAUCCCUACGGCGAUGCUUGAGGGAAAUCCGCACUUUGGCGAGCUGCGCAAGGUCAAGGGGAAUGGGUCGACUGUGUUUGCGGACCCGGAUACUGCGCAUGAGUCGGAGCGCCAUCUGGUGUGGUACGAUUGUCAAGGGGGGCAGGUGCAAAACUUCGUGGGUAUCCAUUCGGCACAACAGGAGUGUGCUCCAGAAGACUUGAAGGAACUUAUGUUGAAUGAGUUUGGGCAUUUCCACCCCAGCUUGAGAGAGAUCAUCAAAGUAGCGCCCAGCGUCACCGACUGGCCGCUGCCUAUUCACGACCCUCUUCCUACCUGGCAUCGGCAGAAGAUUGUACUGAUUGGCGAUGCAGCCCACCCUAUGCUUCCCUUCGGAGGUCAGGGCGCCAACCAGGUCAUCGAGGACGCCGGGGCGUUGGGCGCUCUUCUCACAGGCGUCGAGUCCGCGGCGGCCCUGUCCGAACGCCUCGUUUUGUUUGAGGAGGUUCGCCGCCUGCGAGCAUCCCGGGUCCAGACCUUGUCCAAGACGCGGCUGGGCAAGGAGAAAGCCGUAGAGGAGGAGCUUCGGCAGUUUGCCGACCCCCUGAAUCCGACCGUCCCGACUAGUUUCCCUGAGCGAUACCAGCACGACUUUGGAUUUGAUGUAUUUGAUGCUUUUGCACAAUUAUACAUCAAGACGCUGAAUAAUGAUUUGGGAAACAUUGACGCCUAUAUGCAUGCAUAUAUGUACAUGUAUGAGUUUGGAAAACGCGCGUAA